AUGCAGUGUAUCCGCCGAUAUUUUUCAUCACUUAAUCCAAAUCAACUCUUCCGAUUCGAGUCAUGCCAACUUAAAAACAAAUCGUACAUCAAACUUAUAGGCCCUGACUCCGUUAAAUUCCUUAAUGGUCUGAUAACAAGUAAAUUGCAGCCUAACUUUGUCAAGAAAAACCUUACCACCCUUUCUUUAGACGAACCACAGAGGGAUGAAGAAAUAUCGUCAUUAGACUUCUCGAAAUAUAACUGGGGCAUCUACAAAGAAUGCAGCUCAAUGAAGAAUCAUAUAUCGAGAUUUGGAACAUAUACUGGGUUUCUUAAUAUGAAAGGGAAACUUCUCACGGACUCAAUAAUAUACCCCUACCCCUUUACCAUCGGAAGCAUAAAGGACAAAAAAUUCCCGGAGUACAUCUUAGAGUUUGACAGUCACAUAGCUUCAAGAAUGGAAAAGUCUUUAAUCAACCAUAAGCUACUAAGUAAAGUGAAAAUUAAACCACUUUCAAGUGAGCAACUAAAAACAUGGGAUACCUUUAUUAUAAUGCCAGAAGAAUAUGAACUGUUAGACAAUUUAUUAAAUCCAAUGAUGGAGAUGAAGGAUGGAGAACAAGCGCUCAGCUUUGCCAAGUUCUUUUCAUCAAUGUUCUUCCAAGGAAAUGAAGAUAAAAUCAAGGCUGUCUAUUUUGACACCCGCUUGAUCAAUGAAUUGUACGAAGGAAGACUAAAACCUAUGUUCAGAAUUGUUACGGAUAGCUCUGUUGAUGACAUUAACGAUAUUUUUAAUUGUACGGCAUUCGAGAAUAUAUCUUUUGCUAAACUAAAAGUUAAUCCGGAGGAAAUUCAACGGGAUAGGUUUAAGUUUGGGCUUCUCGAUGGCUGCCAUGAAUACAUACCCGAAUCAUUACUUCCCUUAGAAGUAAACUUCGACUACUUUGAGGAUACUAUCAACAGUGAUAAGGGUUGUUACGUAGGACAGGAACUAACGGCAAGAACUUUUGCUACCGGUGUACUUAAAAAGCGGACAGUGGGAAUUGAGUUAAAAGAACAUGAAAAGCUAGCAAAUUGGGACCGUUCCAAAUACCUAAACAUAUUUAGUAAAUUGGAACUCGAGGCUAGUAAACAGGAGAGCGACGCUGCACCUAAUCCAUUUGGUUCUUCUAACAAGCCUAUUAAAAAGAGAACUAGACCAGCAGGUCAAUUGAUCAAUAUAAGCGGUGAUAUUGGUUUGGCGGUUUUCAGAAAAGAAUACAUAUAUCAUGCAUUACAACACAACCAUGACAUAGAUGCUUACAUCGAGUUGCCAAACAAUGAAUCUGUUCCUUGUUCAAUAAAACUAGAGUGGCUAGAUAGAUUCCGUGAAUCUGAAGACUAA